AUGCUCCGCACGUUUCAGUGGACCAAAGAGCUCCUGGUGUGGAACCCUUUCAAUGGCCACGAGCACCCCUUAGCUAUUCCCCCGGUGUUCGGUAGGAAGAGCAUCCAUGGAGCGGUGCUUCGCGCCGCCCCCGGUGUCGACCACUUUCAGGUGGUCUUGGUAAGCACCGACGUCAAACAAGGAGUGGUCGCCUGCGUUUACUCGUCGGAGACCGGUCUAUGGGGUAAUCUCAUCACAACACCGCUUCCAUCUCGGGGCAGGAUUGAUCCGAACAAGCCUGCCGUGCUCGUCGGGGGUUCCCUUUACAUGUUGCUGCUUCGGCUUGAGGCGCCUUCAAUGAUCGUUGAGUUCGACGUUGGCAGGCAGAGCCUAGCAGUGAUACCUCUGCCUGCCAGCUUGGAUUCCAAGCACAGUCGCUUCUACUCAGUUAUGCGCGCAGAUGGUGGUGGGCUUGGUAUGGUUUUUGUGUCAACUUCAGGCGGCAGCGCCCAGUUAUGGAAGAGGAUCGCCGAUUAUGAUGGUGCUGCUUCCUGGUUGCUGCAAAGAACUAUUGGACUAGACAAGCUAAUAUCCCAUGAUUUAAAGAUGAAAUGCUCCCUACAGAUUAUGGGGUUAGCGGAGGAAAACAAUGUGGUGUUCUUGUGGUCCGGUAUCGGUGUCUUCAUGGUUCUGCUUGACUCACUGCAGUUCAAGAGACUUCCCCUAACCAACAUGCGUCAGUGGCAUCCAUUCGAAAGUGUCUAUGCUGCAGGUAUCUAGAGUGACAUCCAGGUCGCCGUGAUGCUGAAAUGAGCUGUGAAGUGGUUUUGUGUACCCCCAUCUAUCAUCUAAUUUAGACGUUCCUUAACUUGGCAUCGGCAAGAACCAAGAAGGUUGAAGGCAUAUUGACCUGAUUUAAGCUCGUGGUUCAUUUAAUUUCCUUGAUACUGUUUAAGCAAUCUAGUCUAUGCGUGUGUGUUUGAUUAGUCUCAGUGUUGUAUCAGGCAAGGAGAUUUCGGGUUUCGUCUUACUUUCCGUGAUGCCCACCGUGUGUCUGUUUGUUGAAGUACUGUCUGGUUCCGAGCUCGGUAUUUAGAAGCUUAAUUCUGACUAAUGAAUGUUGA